AUGGAUUCCAGCCGAGCUGCUGUUCCAGCUCCAAACUGCCGCCUGGAGAGAGUAUAUUUAGAAAAUACUCUGUUGGAAAUCCUUGACACCAGAAAAUGCAGUUACAGGCGCUGUCACCACAGCAUUGGUGAAGUAGAAAAGGGGAACAGCAGGAGCCUGGAACUCCCCUGCUUCCACAGAACCUUGGAAAGCAAUAAAAGCGCGGCCGGGCUGGGCGCUGCACCGGGGCUGGAGGCAGCGCGGCCUCCCUGGGGGAGGUGGGGCGGGCGCGUUCACUCUGAAGCGGAGCGAUGGCGGCCGCGCAGAGCUGAGCCGCGGCGCGUGUUCCCGCACGCAGGUGAGGAGCCCGGUGCUCGGGGCGCCCCGGAGGACAGCAAGCCCGGCGCAGAGGCGGCGGAGAGCCGGGGACCGCAGCCGGCGGCGGCGGGGGACAGUGCCGGCGGAGCGGCGGGCGGGCGGCGCGGAGCCCGCGACUUCUUCGGGGAGCUGAGGGCCGAGCUGGGCUCCGCUGCCGCCGCCGCCCCGCAGCCCCCCGCCGCGCCGCCGGCCGUGGAGGUGGUGGUGUUCCGCGGGAGGAAGAGGAAGGGGCGGCCCGGCCCCGAGGCAGCGGUCACCGGCGGUGCCCAGACCAAAAUAGUGGAUGAAGAGAAAAACGCAAACGAACAAGAAUUUAACUUUGAAAAGGCUCGUUUGGAAGUGCACAAGUUUGGAAUCACUGGCUACAAGAAGCAGGAGCAACGCAUAUGGGAACAGGAGCGUGCUAUCAUGCUGGGAGCCAAGCCCCCCAAAAAGGAACAUGUGAACUACAAGACUUACCAAGAGAAAAUGAAAGAGAAAAAAGCCGCAAAAGAUGACAACAAGGGAAAGGAACAUAAAGGUGAUUCUCUUAAGAAGAAGAAGAAAGACCAGAAGGACAGGAAGGCCAAAAGGAAGAAAUCGGUGCCUAGCAUAUGGCCUGCAGGACAAGUUGGAAAAUUCAGAGAUGGGACCUUGAUUCUGCAAAGCUCUGAUAUAAAGAAAAUUAAAUCAUCUAAAGUUAUCAAAUGAACUUCUGAUACAGAGUGAAAUGGACAAUAUCCCUAAGACAGAAUUCACAUUGCCACUAACGCAGACUUAUGGAACC